CCGUUGUUAAUGCUCGCGUGAGGUUGUUUGCUCAAGUUGCUCAACAGAGAAGAAAAACAACCUCAAAGACACGGUACUGCACUGACAGCCAAAGGGGCCAGUAGCCUAUCCGCCAUUGAAUUGCAGUCCUUUCUGGAGCAACUUUGCUCAUAGCUCCACUGGUGUCACGCGAGCAUUGCUCUGGUCCGUUCGUCGCAUCGAAUCGCCCACCUGCAGACCACCGCUUACUGGCCAAUCUCACCCUUUUCCGACCACUGAGACCGCAUCUACGUAUCACAGCAGCAGACAUGGGCCUGUUCUCGAAGAGGGACCGGGCGCCGAAGGCGGCCGACAACAACCCCCAACCAACACCCUCGAACUCGCAGUCAAAAUCAUCGUUGACGUCGGGGUCCUCGAGCGUCGUCACCCCCAUCAAUACCAGCGGCCGCGUCAUGAAUCGGACAUCGGCCGGCACCACGAGCACCAUUGGCGGUCCGGGGACACCGCUGACGCCCUUCUCCCCUGGUCCCAUACCCAGUGUCGCCAUGCCGAGGCCACCAGACCCGCAGCUUGACCCUGCGGGCUAUCUGCGCAACUUGGGCGCCGUGCGGGAGCGGUGCAGGAUCGUGACGGCCAAAGCAUGCAAGAACGAGCUGCACCAUUUUGACGUGGAUAUGGACAAGUUUCCAGACGUGGUAUCGUUUGUGGCAAACAUUAUCAAGCGCGACUACGAUCCACCCUUUACGAGCAUCCCUGGGCAUGGCCGAUAUCAACAUUUUGGUGUCGGUGGACGCGACCGGAUUGCACACCUUCUGGCGACGUGGCCGGAGGAGGUCGACAACACGGAAAAAUGCAAGCGGAUGCUCGACCUUUUCCUCGUCAGCGUGCUGCUAGAUGCCGGCGCCGGCACCGGGUGGAGCUACAAGAGCAUUGAGAAUGGGCGAGUUUACAGGCGGUCGGAGGGUAUCGCUGUUGCGACCUUGGAUAUGUUCAAGGCGGGCCUCUUCUCUGGUAACCAGAACAACAAGUACCAGGUGGAUAAGGAGGGCCUGAGGCACUUGACGGUGGAACAGCUUGCCCAAGGACUGCAGUCGAGGCCCGGGAACGAGAUGGCUGGCCUGGAAGGCAGAGCACAGCUCCUCAUUCGUCUCGGGGGUGCGCUGGAGAACAGGGAAUUCUUUGGUGAAGAUGGCCGCCCAGGCAACAUGCUCGACCACAUUCUCUCGCAUCCCGCAACCCAAGCCUCUAGCGUCAUCAUUGUCCCGAUACCGGUGCUCUGGAACGUUCUUAUGAACGGGCUCGCCCCCAUCUGGCCGCCAUCCCGGACAGCCAUCAACGGCGUCUCCCUAGGUGACGCCUGGCCAUGCAGCUCAAUGCCCCAGCCCGCGCAAUCACCCACCAGCCCGACAUUCUCACCCUUCCCCAACACGACAGGCCAGGCCAACGGUGUCGCGCCAUGGGAGAGCAUCCUCCCUUUCCACAAGCUCACUCAGUGGCUCACGUAUUCGCUCCUGCAACCCAUGCAGAGCAUCAUGAAGAUCCAGUUCGCAGGCCAAGAACUGCUCACCGGACUGCCCGAGUACCGGAACGGCGGCCUCUUUGUCGACCUUGGCGUGCUGACGCUCAAGCCAGAGGACCAGGAACGGGGUCUUCGGUACUAUGCCGAAUAUUGCCAGCGCACCGGGACCGGGGGAGUCGAGGUGGCUCCCAUGUUCGAGCCUGGGGAUGAUGUCAUUGUCGAGUGGCGGGGCGUCACGGUGGGCUUCCUGGAUAUGUUGACUACCGAGGUCAACAAGGCGCUGAAGGCCGAGCUGGCUGGCCAUGAGCUUAGCCUGGCGCAGGUGUUGGAGGCGGGCAGCUGGAAGGGAGGUCGGGAAAUUGCUGAGGUCAGCCGGCCAAAUACCAAGGAGCCGCCCAUCCUCAUCGACAGCGACGGGACUGUGUUUUAGAGGUGGCCUCGUCUGGAGGCGACUCUGCUUGCUUGCGUUCAAGGGUAAUGGGGUAUAGGUGGCAGGGCUUGAGUUGGCGAUUGGAGUGUUCCAUAUACCGUGACAGGCAUUGGUUAGGCUUGCUCUGCUGCGUUCUUGUACAGGACAUUUGCAUCCUGCCGUGGUUUUGCGGC